UCGGCAACCGCUCAACAGACAGUCCGGGGAGGCGGCUGCGGCCAACCGGUGGGGUCUGCCGGGGUCUGCUGAGGCCAGUGUUUUGUAUUAUGACUUCUCAAGAGAAGACAGAAAAGCAUCCUUUUGUGGACAUAUUUAAUGAAGAUGAAGCUGACAUAAACUUUAUGUUGUCUAAACCUGUUUGCUUUGUUGUAUUUGGGAAGCCAGGGGUUGGGAAGACAACAUUAGCCCAACAGAUAACACAGGCAUGGAAAUGUAUUCGUGUAGAAGCUUUACCAAUUUUGGAAGAACAGAUUGCCAGUGACACUGUAACAGGAGCUAUGUUGCAGUCACUGCUGAUCAGUGGCCAAAGCAUUCCAGAUGAACUUGUCACAAAGUUAAUGCUGGAGAAGCUCAACUCCUCAGAAGUCUCUCACUUUGGCUAUAUUAUCACUGAAAUACCAUCACUUUCACAGGAUGCCAUGACUACUCUGCAGCAAAUAGAAUUAAUUAGAAAUUUAAAAUUGAAACCUGACAUUAUAAUCAAUAUUAAGUGCCCUGACUAUGAUUUAUGCCAAAGAAUUUCGGGGCAAAGGCAGCACAGUAGUACAGGAUACAUAUACACAAGAGAUCAGUGGGAUCCUGAAGUCAUUGAGAAUCGUAGGAAAAAGAAGAAAGAAGCCCAAAAGGAAGGAAAAGGAGAAGAGGAGGGGGAAGAGGAAGAAGAGCAAGAAGAAGAAGAGGCAUUUAUCGCUGAAAUGCAGAUAGUGGCUGAAGUUCUUCAACACCUCGUUCAGAGACCUGAGGAUUAUUUGGAAAAUAUCGAAUACAUUGUUAACCUUUAUAAGGAAAUAAUUCUUCAUCCUUUAGAAGAAGUAAUGGCUGAACAUGAUUCCCAGUAUCUCAUUGAGCUAGAUGGAAAUAAGCCCCCAGAGGAGCUGUUCAUGGUAAUUGUGGAUCGACUUAAAUAUCUGAACCUAAAAAGAGCAGCUGUUAUAACCAAACUUCAGAGUACAGAGGAAGAUAUUAAUGACACAAUGGAAAAUGAUGAGCUGUUCCGUACUCUCGCAUCUUGUAAACUUAUUGCACCAAGAUAUAGAUGGCAGAGAAGCAGAUGGGGACGUACAUGUCCUGUGACUUUAAAAGAAGGUAACAUUUUUCAAGGAUUGCCAGAUUUUUCUGUGAGUUUUCUAGGUAAAAUGUACUGUCUUUCAUCAGAAGAAGCAUUAAAAACAUUUCUAUUGAACCCACGUCCCUAUCUUCUUCCACCUAUGCCAGCACCACCAUUUAAAGUAUUCAUAUUUGGACCUCAGUCUUCAGGGAAAACAACACUUAGCAAUCUGCUUGCAAAAUAUUUCAAAGGAAAGGUAAUUGACUAUGAUAAAGUAAUUCAACCACGUUUUGAUAAAGCCCUUGAAAUGUUAACCAGAAACACUAUAGCUGAGGCCACUGAAGCAGCCAUUAAAGUUGUCAAAGAACGGCUUCUCUUAGAACUACAAGCUAAAAAAGAUGUGACAGACUAUGAGAUAGAAGAAGUAACUGCUGAUCAUCCAGAAGUUCUUUCCAUAAUAAAUGAGACAGUAAAAAUGGCAAAGGAUAUGAACUUUGAACAGCCACAUGAAAAAAUUGCUGAAAUCUUAGAUGAAGUUCUCCAAGAGGUAGUUGAAGAAAACAAGAACAGGUUUUAUGGUGCCCCCAAAUAUGGAGGAUGGAUACUGGACAACUUCCCUCUUAUGAAAGACCUCUGGAUGGCCUUAGUCGACAAAGGAGUUUUACCCGAUUUAGUCAUCUGUUUAUCAGACAUAGAAAACAAUGGAAAAUAUUUAUAUAAUAGACUGUAUUUAAAGAAUAAACAAGAAAUUGACUCUAAGAUUUUAGAAAGAUUAUUAGAUGAACUACUAAAGGAAAGAAAAGAGGAAGAAGCAGCAAGAAAAGUCAAGGAAGAGGCAUUGAGAAUAGAAGAAGAAAAUCGAAAGCUAUUGGAAGCUCUGGCUGCAAAAGCAAAAGCAGAAGAAGAUGAAGCCGAGGCUUUUGAGGAUAUUGAAGGUGAGGAGUCUGAACUUCACGAAGGGUCUGAGGCCCCUGAGGUUGCUGAGGAGACCAGGGGGGUCUUACACGAGGAGUCUGACAUUUUUGAAGUCCCAGAAACAGAACACGAAUCAGUAUCUGAGCCUCCUGAGGAUGCUACAGUUGGAGCAGAAUUUCCAAAAGGAUCCAGAGAGGGCCUGGAAACUAAAGAAUUACCUGAAACAGUUCUACUACCUGCAUUUCCAGAAGAUGGUUAUCCUGAUGUUCCUGAAAUGGAUUCAAUUAAAGAGAAUGUCAGCUCUUUCUACGCUGCCUGGAAACAGGUGGAAACAGCUAUCAGUGACUCUUUUACUCAAAUUUUAAACCUGGAGAUUGCUGGCAAAACUCCAGAGGAACUACUUCAAAAAGUCGUUGAAAUUAUGGAAAAACCCUUUCACCAUGCUGGUUGGGAGUUAACCAUGGAAGAUUAUGAUGAAGAAACAGAAGACUAUCAGGCUGAAGCUGAUGUCGAUGAGGAGCUAGAAGAGGAAGAAGAGGAAGAGGAAGAGAAUGAAGAUAUAAUUAAGGAGAAGAGAAGGCAUUUGGGAGAUACAAAGCACUUCUGUCCAGUGGCUCUCAAAGAAAACUUCGUCCUACAACCAGGCACCCCAGAAGAAGCAGCUAAAUAUCGAGAAAAGAUCUAUUACUUUUCAAGUCCUGAGGCUAAAGAAAAGUUUUUGGAGCAACCUGAGGAGUAUGUGGCUCAUGAUGAACCAUUAAAGGCUCCACCAUUAAGAGUAUGCCUUCUCGGCCCCCAUGGCUCUGGCAAAACUGUCUGUGGAAGACAGCUGGCAGAAAAAUUGGGCAUUUUUCAUAUUCAGUUUGAAGAAUUUCUUCAAGAAAAACUAAUGCUCAAAACUGAAAAGAAAGUUGGACCUGAAUUUGAGGACGAUUCUGAGGAUGAACAACUUGUAAAACAAGAACUUGAAGAGCUUGCAAUUAAGGCCAAUGUUACAAUUGAGGAAGAAAAUACAAAGAAGCUGCCUCAGGAAGUGCAACUUACAGACGAAGAAGAAGCAAUCAGAUUAAACCUAACAGAAAAUGAGCCAUUGCCUCCUGAAAUCCUUGAAGCAAUUCUUUCUGAGUGGUGGUUUAAGGAACCGAUAUGUUCCACAGGUUUUGUAUUAGAUGGUUUCCCGCGGUAUCCCGAUGAGGUCCAGUUCCUGGGGGAACAUGGGCUUUUCCCAGAUGCUGCUGUGUUUAUACAAGUUGAUGAUCAAGAUAUUUCUGAUCGCCUCCUUCCUGUCCAAAUUGGAAAGUGGAAAGUGAAACAAAACAAGAAAUUGGAAAGGAAAAAACUCAUCAAAGAAAUGAAGGCAAAAAUCAAGGAUGAUAUGAUUGCUAAGAGAAGGGCUGAACUUAUAACUGAGAGAGAAAAAAGAAGGAAAGCAGGGACUGUUAGAGAAGAUGAAGACAUGAGUGAGGAAGAACCUGAUAACGAUGAAGAUGAUAUUGAUAACAUUCUCGAAGAUGAAUUUCCAAAAGAUGAGGAAGUGAUGAGUGAGGAAGAGGAAGAGCAGGAAACUGAUGCUCUCGAACGCCUGAGGGGUGAACUCGGAGAAAAAUUUGAAGCGGAUAUGAGUAAUUUACAAAUAAUACAGGAAGAAUUUGAGAAGUUUUUGAUACCAGUAAUUCUCAUUAAUGGAUCUCGAAAAAUCCACAUUGUCCAAUACACAUUGAAUACAAAACUGAAACCACUGGUAGAGAAUCGUGCAAGCAUUUUUGAGAAAUGUUAUCCGAUAUCAUCACGCCUUGCCCAGAAAAUGCUCAGCUUUACCUACAAGUAUAUAAGCUCAUUCGGCUACUGGGACCCUGUAAAGCUAAAUGAAGGCGAGACCAUCAAACCAGUUGAAAAUUCAGAGAAUCCACUUCAUCCUGUAAUCCAUCGUCAGUAUAUUUAUUUUUUAUCUAGUAAGGAAACUAAGGAAAAAUUUAUGAAGAACCCAAUCAAAUAUAUCUGCCAACCCAAACCUAAGCCUACUAUCCCCAUUAGGAUUGCAAUUCUGGGGCCUCCAAAAUCUGGAAAAACUACAGUUGCCAAAAGUAUUUCAAGUGAAUAUGGCUUAAAGCGUUUGUCGAUAGGAGAUGCUUUGCGUUAUGUAUUAAACAACCAACCAGACACAGAGCUGGCACUUAUGCUAAAUUGGCAUCUUCAUAAAGGAAUGACAGCACCUGAUGAACUGGCUAUUCAGGCCUUAGAAUUAUCUCUGAUGGGAAGUGUAUGUAACACCGCAGGUGUUGUCAUUGAUGGAUACCCUGUAACUAAGCAUCAAGUGAGUCUCUUAGAAGCUAGGUCCAUCAUCCCCAUGAUUAUCUUUGAGUUGGAUGUGCCUUCCAAAGAGAUUUUCAGAAGAUUGCUCCUGGAGAAAAAAACAGAGUCAAGUUUGCCUUAUCCAUUGCACAACAGCUCACAGAUUAUAGCUGUCAAGAACUCAAGGUACCACAAAAAUAUUGGUGAGAUUAGGCAAUACUAUGAAGUACAACAUCAGAACUGGUAUGUGAUUGAUGGCUUUCACAGCAAAUGGUGGAUAUGGAAUGAAGUCAUUAAGAAGGUUAAAAUGGUGAAUAAAUACAUGCAGAUAUAUAUGGAGAGAAUAAAAGCAGGAAAAGCUGCCUGCAUUGACAAGUUAUGUAUCUCACCCGAAGAACUGAUUUCUCGCCUGGGCGAAUUUGGACAGUUCUGCCCCGUCAGCCUGGCAGAAUCAUAUGAAUUAGUUGAUUGUUCUUUAAAUGAUUCCUUGGAAUUUGCAGCAGAGUUCAGAGGGCACUAUUAUAAAAUGAGUUCUCUAGAGAAACUGAAUAAAUUUUUAGACAAUCCAGAAUUGUACGUACCUCCAUUAGCACCUCAUCCACUCCCACCUACCGACAUGAUCCCCAAGAGGCUGACACUGUCAGAGCUGAAGAGCCGGUUCCCUAGGUGUGCUGAGCUCCAGGGUUAUUGUCCAGUGACUUAUCAGGAUGGCAGACAAAGAUACGAAGCCCUAGUACCUGGUAACAUUCACUAUGCUUUAGAAUAUCGUGAUCGUAUAUAUAUCUGUGAGAGCAAAGAAAAACUUCAGAAAUUUUUGAGGUCGCCACACAAAUACUGGAAUCAGAAGCUUCCUUACAAACUUCCCCCGUUGAAGGAACCAAUGUAUCUCACCAGUCUGCCUUUGCCUGGAUAUCUGGAACAGGGUAUUGCAACUGCUCUAAUUAAAGCCAUGAAUGCAGCAGGAUGCUUAAAGCCCAAAUUCCCCUUCUUAAGUGUACAGAGAUCUGCACUACUUUAUAUAGCACUUCAUCUGAAAGCCUUUAAUCCCAAUAGUUCUGAAUAUACAAGAAAAAAAUACAAGAAGAAGAUGGAGCAGUUUGUGGAGAGAUGUGAACUCAUUACAUACCUGGGUGCCAAGAUGACCAAGAAAUACAAGGAACCUCAGUUUAGAGCCAUUGACUUUGAUCAUAAAUUGCAGACCUUUCUCUCUCUUAGAAAUAUAGACCCAGUCAAUGGUUAGAAUGUUUGCAUAACUGCACCCAGAAUCCUAAGAGUUACCUGAAAGGGAUAAAAGGAAAUAGAUGGAAAAUCUGGGCCUCCCUGAUGCACUUUUCCCUCCUGAGUGAUACGCCUUGGCUUCCAGACUUCCAAUGAAUUCAGAGCUCUGCCAGCCAGGAGGGAGCCUAUAAGCCUAAGUUCUCAUAUACUUGUAAAGUUUAUUGCUCUUUGCCUGAACUUUGAUGCUUCAACAAAAGUUAUUCCAUUUAGAAUAUUUAGGUAAUGUAUUUGACUUAAUGAAUCCUUUGUUCAUUUUCCUUUUUAAUAUUUUUAUUAGAGAAGUCCAUCUCUGUUAAAGAAACUUAGGCAGUAAAUGUUAGAGAGCUUCAAGAAAAGAAUUAACAUUGCUAUAAAUAAAAUAGAAAUAUUGGUUACACUUUUAACUUAAAGAGUUGUUUGUAAACUUUGUGAACCUAAAGAUACUUUAUCACUUUCCCAACAAAAUAAAUGGAUUUAGAGACAA